UAUAGCUCGUUUAAAUAACGGUACAGAACCAAAACCCAAACAAACCCUACCGCUCAAACCAAUCCUGCCCUAAAAUAAAUUCUGUUGCUCUAGAGUCAAACAGAGCAACCAUAACCAUGGGCACCUCUUCUGAAAACGCCGCCUGUGGUGGCCGAGGCAACGCCGUCCCCAAAGAAGUCGACUACGCGAACUACUUCUGCACCUAUUCCUUUCUCUACCAUCAAAAAGAGAUGCUCUCAGAUCGUGUUCGAAUGGACGCUUACUUCAAUGCCGUUUUUGAAAACAAACAUCACUUUAAGGAUAAGGUUGUUUUGGAUGUGGGAGCUGGAAGUGGUAUUCUUGCUAUAUGGUCAGCUCAGGCAGGUGCUAAGAAGGUUUAUGCAGUGGAAGCUACUAAGAUGUCAGAACACGCCCGUGCACUUGUUAAAGCAAAUAAUCUUGAGCAAGUAGUCGAAGUUAUUGAGGGAUCUGUGGAGGAUGUUUCAUUGCCAGAGAAAGUUGAUGUCAUCAUAUCUGAAUGGAUGGGUUAUUUUCUUCUGCGAGAAUCUAUGUUUGAUUCAGUUAUAUGUGCUCGUGACCGCUGGCUCAAACCAACAGGAGUAAUGUAUCCUAGUCAUGCUCGCAUGUGGAUGGCACCUAUCAGAACUGGGAUAGUAGAACAAAAAUUGGGUGAUUACCAGUCAGCUAUGGGUGAUUGGCACAACUUCGUCGACGAAACAAAAGCUUUCUAUGGUGUUGAUAUGAGCACUUUGGCUAAGCCUUUUGCAGAGGAGCAAAGGAAGUACUAUCUACAGACAUCGUUGUGGAGCAAUCUUCAUCCACAUCAAGUCAUAGGAACUGCUGGUAUAAUUAAGGAAAUUGACUGUUUGACUGCCACUGUGGCAGACAUAGAGAAUGUUAGAUCCAAAUUUACUCUGUCAAUAACCAUGGAAAACACAAAAUUGUGUGGAUUUGGAGGGUGGUUUGAUGUACAUUUCCGGGGACGAAGUGAGGAUCCAGCUGAACAUGAGAUCGAGUUAACUACCGCUCCUAGUGUAGAUUACUGUACACACUGGGGCCAGCAGGUUUUCCUCUUAAAUCCUCCUACACAUGUUAGUGAAGGUGAUGAAUUAAGUGUUAAUUUUCUAAUGAGUCGCUCGAAGGAGAACCAUCGUUUGAUGGAGGUUGAGCUUGGGUGUGAGAUUCAAAAGCAUUCUGGCAAGCUUGUUGCACCUUUCAAAAAUAAGUACUACAUCGAAUGAUAGUUUAGAUUCCUUUGUUUGUGGAGCUUCAAGCAGUAUCCCAGGAAGCACUAUUGCAUGAUUUGUAAUCUUAUGGAACUUACGGUUAUUAAGGUUUGUAUGAGUUCAAUUUUGUAUACAGAAUAAAGCAGUUGGCGUUGCUUACUUGCUUAUAAUACUUGGUUCUUCUAAUCAUUUCGUUGUGUGUGACAUUUAACUCAUAAAGGAUAUUGUUCAGCAUUAUUCGGUGAUGAUUGGAUAAA